UGGUAUUCACGUGCCCCUUCCAUUCAUACAGAUUUCUCCUUUUGUUUUCUAGAGCGCGAUCGGCCCAAAUUCAUUAUAAUUCUUCCGAGCCACUUGUUUCAUGUUCCAGAGCAAAAGGUUUUCUCCAUUAUAUAGGCAAUUUUUAUGUAAGAGCGAGCAACAAUAACACAACCAAAAAGGAUCAUAGACUUAAUUUCAGAGGAUGGGGGUGAAUGAUUUGUGGCCGAUUUUGGAACCCGUAAAGAAACAUGUCCAUUUGCAAAGUCUCAGUGGAAAAACACUUGCGGUGGAUUUGAGUCUCUGGGUGUGUGAAUCGCAGACGGUCAAAAAGAUGAUCGGAACAGUCACGAAGCCUCAUCUUAGGAACCUGUUCUUUCGAAUCUCAUCUCUAACGUUAAUGGAUGUUAAACUGGUAUUCGUGAUGGAAGGGGACGCCCCAAAACUGAAAACCGAAGCCAUGAGUAAGAGAAAUGAGGUGCGGUACGGACCUACCAAAAAACCACAGGCUGCAAACACGGGGAGAUUGCGUUUUAAAUCCGUGUUAAAAGAGUGCCUUGAGAUGUUGGAGUGCUUAGGAAUCCCGUGGGUCCAAGCAGCAGGUGAAGCGGAAGCCAUGUGUGCUUAUCUCAACGCUAAUCGUUAUGUCGACGGCUGCCUUACUAAUGACGGAGACGCUUUCCUCUAUGGGGCCCAGACAGUCUACCGAAACUUCACUAUGAAUAUCAAGGACCCUCACGUUGAUUGCUAUACGAUGUCCUCAAUUAAAGAGGAGCUGGGUUUAGAUAGAGAUGCUCUGAUUGGACUGGCGAUUCUCCUUGGUUGCGACUAUCUUCCAAAGGGUGUUCCUGGAGUUGGAAAGGAACAGGCGUUAAAACUUAUAGGAACAUUGAAAGGGCAGAGUUUGCUUCAGAGGUUUGACCAAUGGAAAGAACAGUUGAGCUAUUGCGAUACACAGGCUCCAGUAGUUAAAAAAGUGGCUCAUUGUUCGGUGUGCGCCCAUCCAGGCUCACCUAAGGAACAUGAACAAAAUGGGUGCAAGUUUUGUAGAAGUGAUAGGUACUGUGAACCACACGACUAUGACUACUGCUGUCCCUGUGAUUGGCAUCGUGCGGAACGGAGCAAGCAUCAAAAUGGGAUAGAGAGCAUUAUUAAAAAAAAAGCCUGGAGUUGCGAAGGAUUCCCAUUUCACGAGGUGAUCCAGGAAUUCCUUUUUGACAAGGACCGACUAGUCAAGAUAAGGAAAUACCAAAGACCAGACUUAUUGUCUUUUCAGAGAUUUGCUUCUGAGAAAAUGGAAUGGCCUAAACACUACGCAUGUGAGAAACUGUUAGUGUUGCUGACGCACUAUGAUAUGAUCGAACGGAAGGUUGGUCGAAAAAACCCUUCUCAGUUGCAAGCGAGACGGAUAAUCAAAACACGGAUAAGAAAUGGCAUUCGGUGUUUCGAGAUUGAGUGGCAAAAGCCAGAGUUCUAUGCUGCUGUGGGUGACGAACCAAUGGAGUCUGCUGUGGUGACAGUGGAAGAGGAAUCUUUAUUUCAAGACGCCUAUCCCGAGAUUGUUGCGAUUUUCCAAAAGCAAAAGUUGGAAGAUGGCGGGAAUAAGCAGAAAAAACAGAAAAGGAAACCGAAAGAAAAGGAUCUCUUAGAAGCAGAUGACAGUAUAUCAGAUCUUCUGUCACACAUGAGUUUAAAACCCACGAGGGAAACUCUUCCUGUAAAAGAUUCUAAGUCCAAUAGAGGAAUUCCUUUGGACAAUAAAUCAACCCAGGGAAGAACCCGUGAACGGAAAACUUUAGUUGCUGCCCAGGAGCCAUCAAUAUCUUCCCCUCCAAUACCCGCGUCUUCUCAGCACGAAAGUGUUUACAGUCACUCUGUAUUUUUGCAGGCCACUGCACCGAGAGCCACGUCCCCCCACUCUUCUGUGAUUGCCAGUCUCCAGCUGGAUGACAUUGAUUGGGAAGGGACCUCCUUCAGUGCUUCCCCGGCUGUACAAGCGCAGCCUCUUUCCACCUGCUGUUCAAAAUCUGAGCUUGAAGCGUCUCUCCCCAACCCGAAAAGCCAUCCUCGUCAGUUACAGUGUAAAUCAAGAAAGGAUUCCCCAAAGGGAAACACGGUGGCGUUUGCUCGAGACCUCUCCACGAAGAGCAGCGGAGAGCAUUUGGCAUCAGGGGCCGGACCUCGGGACACACAGCUUCGGGAUCUGCCUCUAAAGGAGCGGAUAUUUGCAAAAGUUAUUUCUCAGCCCAUGUCUUCAAGUCAUCAGGCUAUUUUGCAGCCCAAGCAAACUGAGUCGAAAGCUCCGUUGGAGCAAAACCAGAUGACUACUGAAGAAAGGCAUCCUAUUUCUCCAUCACUGGUAGAUGAUCGGAGUCACGCCAGUGACCGUUUGAGAAUCAGUUCACAGAAUAAUUGGGGAAAAUCGACCAUACCAAACAUUCAAAGAAGUCUUGCAGGAAAGACAUCUGAGUCAUUUGGUCACAGGGCAUCAGAGUCCUUGGGCCUGGAAUGUAAAUCACAAAGCGUUUUUCCAGAAACAUUUGAAGAUAGCUCAGCUUUCUAUCGGGAUGAAAAAACUGAUGUUCAAAACGGACAAAAUCAAAAAACUAAAAGAAGCGUGUGCCUUGACAGAUAUUCCUCUGAUGAAGAGAGUAACCCCCAAAACAUUGAAGCGCAGUAUGCAGUUUACAUCACGAAGCAGUUUCGUAAGCAACGUAAUCCAACACAAUUCAAGACAGUUGACACCAAUAAAUUAAGGGGCUGUACACUGCGUCUUACAGAAAGCGAACAACCUGUGCAAGCUUUUAAAGAAGCCGGUGGGAAUGUUGCAGUAGAAAAUCCUGCUUCCAAAGCCCCAAACCAUACAUUUAGAUUAAGUACCGGUGAAAAAAGUGGUUUCCCAACCGUAGCGCAGCGUUUUCAGAGCGUAGAAGUGGACACAACUCUACCACAUGAGAAGAAACAGGAUGAAUCAGUCGUUUGUUUGGAUAGCCCCCUUCCUUUAUCUCAAAGAAUAAAAUUAAGGUUGCAGCAAAGUUGACGGUAAUGUAAAAAAACAACAACCCACAACACUUUUCAUCAUGCAUUGUCAUUCGAAUCCCACUUUAGUUUCAGUUUUUAGCCUUGAGUGCUCUCACAAGACUUCAUCUUGGGAGGUUUUUCAUGUGAUGCUCCAUGGACUCUCACUUAACAUAUAAGAAGUUGAUGUAACAGUUUUGAGUGAUAAAAUAGUAAGCAUGUAUUUUCAUAUGGGUUCAGUACUUUGAAAGAAUAGUGGGUGACCAUUUGCCUCAUUGUCUGUCCAUUUAUCUUAAUCAGUUAUCUUAAUCAGGAUCUCAAUCAGGAAUUCAUGCCUGUUGAAAUUUAAAUCUGUUUCCUCUUGUCUGGACCGACUUACCACCAUUUUCUUCCUAAGCCCCAUUCAGGUACUUAAAGAUAGUUAUUAACACAAUCUUUACCCUGGGCUUUUCUAUGGAGAUCAGGUGUGAUAUCCUCUUGUUGCAAAUUUUUUUUAAUUAAAUGUUUCAUUCAUUCAGUUGUAUUUAUCGAGCGCUUACUGUGUGCAGCAUACUGUACUAAGCUCUUGGGAAAGUAAAGUACAACAGUAAAUAUUUAAAACUCUUCACAGGUAAACCUCUUAAGGCAUCAUGCAUAAUUUGAAUUCUACUCUGCCACUCAAUAUGGACAGAGAAGGGAUUGCAGAUGUUGUAGCUUGCAUCCCAAGACUUUUAGUUUAGAGAAGCCAAUUAAGGGUCUGAUUGUGUGAAUUUAUUGUUUGAAUGCUAAGUUUCAGCUAAUAAUCAAUGUUUUAGUGAUUAUAUUUUUCUAUAUAGGGUAGGCUUAGUAAACUAAUCCACCAAUUAAAAACCAAAGUGGACUUUUAAGCGUUUUCAGCAUGCAUUUUUUUUCAAUUAAAACUUUAAUGCCUUACAUGAGACAUGUAAAUGCAUAAAAACUGGAAUACAAGACGGAAUUAAAAGUAUUAAGCUUCUUAUGUCAUACUCCCUUCUUCAUCGUCCCCUCGGGACGAAAAAGCAAACAAAAAAAUGUCGGUGUGAAAUUCAAUUAAGUUUCUCCCCGGAAAACACUUUUCAACAAACCCUAGAGGGCCACAUUUCUUCUUCAGCAAAUAUAAUAACUGAAAAAGACAAUCUAGCAAGAUAAUGGAAAUGAAAAGACAGUCAAGUUAAACCCACUUGGCGACAAAAACUGCAUACUGUCAGCUCUUCGGAAUUACAGAAAUGUAAUAAACGUAUCGUAGAUUGCCAACGCUGAUCCGACUAUAUAAUACGUGAAUUAAAUACAAUUUUAAAGCCAGUGGGCAGGACUCUCCCAGGAAGAGAGGUGUAAGUGGCUUACUUUUGAAGGCGCGUUCAUCCUUUCAGUUCCCUCGGAUCCCGUUUCCUGCGCAGGAAAGGAGUUUGCGAAGACAGAAUUUCUUAAAUUUCCUAAACGGAGGGCUCUCCAGAAGAUUGUGAGAGAGUGUCUCUGAGAUUGCUCCCCGUGCUUUUGUCGGAGAGGGAGAUUAGCCUGACUAAAUGAAAAGACCACAGGCCUAGAAGGCAGGAGACCCAGAUACUAGUGGCAGCGGUGUCACUGUCCUGUCGCAUCAUCAUCAUCAAUCAUCAUCAAUUGUAUUUAUUGA